GGAACCACCAUUGGGCGCAUGACGCGAAAGAAACGUAUAAAAAUAAAAGUACUCCAGACCAAGCUAGCUAGCUAGCCUCAAAAAUCACACACCCCACCACCUGUUCGACCAAAUUCCCCAACGAAAUGGAGUCAAGCAUUCUUGAAUCGAUCGGCGUCGAGAUCAUCGGAGUGAUGUCCCCAGUCUCAAUCUGCAUGUUUUUGGUAGUCCUCUUGGUCUAUUCCCUCUCUCCUUCCAACCCCUUUUCUUCUCCCUCCAUUCCCAUUCGCACAGCAGCCAAUCUCGUCUACCUCGAGACCCCAUCUGACUCCGCUACCCAAAAGCUCGAAGGAUCUCUCUUGAACGCCUUGGUCUUCGUCAUCCUCAUCGCCGUCGUCACUUUCCUCUUGGUCGUCCUCUACUACUAUAACUUCACCAAUUUCUUGAAAAACUACAUGCGCUUCUCUGCUUUCUUUGUUUUGGCCACUAUGGGUGGCUCGAUAUUCCUCUCGAUCAUUCAACAUUUCUCGAUACCGGUCGAUUCCAUCACUUGUUUCUUGCUGCUUUUCAACUUUACGGUUGUGGGUGUGUUGUCAGUUUUCUCAGGUGGGAUACCCAUAAUCUUGAGACAAGCGUAUAUGGUUUCUUUGGGGAUAAUUGUUGCCACUUGGUUUACGAAAUUGCCUGAAUGGACUACUUGGGCUUUGUUGGUAGCAUUGGCUGUGUAUGAUUUGGUGGCAGUGUUGGCCCCCGGUGGACCUUUGAAGCUUUUGGUCGAAUUGGCUUCAAGUCGGGAUGAUGAAUUGCCGGCGUUGGUUUACGAGGCUAGACCGGUCGUGUCGAGGAGUCGGGGGUCGAAUUUGGGGCUUUUGGUUGGUGGGGUUUCGGACUCUGGUUCGGUUGAGCUGCAGGCGGUUAACGAGGGCGAAAACCACCGGCCGACUACUAAUGAAGGGGAGAGUUUCCCAUUGGUGAGUCAUUCACGGGAACGGCAUUCGUUCAGCAGUGAAUCCUCGGAACAAUCGACUGUAGUUGUGUCUUGUGAUCGAGUGCAGAAUCGGGAGCCUGAGAUUGUUGUUGAUGAGGAGAUGUCUCCCCUUGUUGAGAUGAUGGGAUUAGGGAAUGAGAGAGAGCAGCAGACGAGGAGGGAUAAUGUGGAAGUGCAUGGUGGUGGUAGUGAUAGAGGUAUUAAACUUGGCCUUGGAGACUUUGUUUUCUAUAGUGUUCUUGUAGGCAGAGCUGCAAUGUAUGAUCUUAUGACAGUGUAUGCUUGUUACCUUGCAAUUAUUUCGGGACUUGGCUGCACUCUUAUUUUGUUAUCAGUGUGCCAUCGAGCUCUGCCUGCCUUGCCUAUUUCGAUUGCAUUGGGUGUUGUUUUUUACUUCCUGACUCGGUUAUUAAUGGAGCCUUUCGUGGUCGGGACAGCAACAAAUUUGAUGAUGUUUUGAUUGUCCAUUUUCGAGAGACCAAUUAAAUGUUAAAGAAACACUGAUAUGUCUUGGUACGCUUGAGAUUUGAAUUCAAGGUGAAAGGUAUUACCCCCUAAUUUUUCACUCCUUUGUGAUUAGAAAUAGUGAAGCAACUUUUCAGACCGUUUGGUAAUGAAUUGAAAUGUAAGUUGACUGGCCUCAAGGGUCUUACUUCUAUAAAAUCUAUAACAUUUUGUCA